AGUAUGCCUACCAAGCACACUGCCUCCCUGUCUGGGGUGUGCGAUUGGUGGUGGAUUGGAAGGGAACUAAUGGAGAUUGUGGGUACGCUCAAGCCCUUAACAAGCCUCCCUUUUCGCAGAUCCUUACCCGAGGGCUCUCCAGCAACUCCAGAGCCCUCUAGAUUUUCUUCUCACAUGCUUUCAUAACCGUCUCUUUUCGAGGGUUUUCCUCUGCGCAGGUCUUCGCGCGGGACCUCAAAGUGCGUGCCCGCUUCCCUUCCCUGCAGCACUAAAGACAAACCUGGCGGGUCCCCCGAGCGGUCCCAGGCGCGAGCGCUCGGGAGCCCACGGGCCACACCCGCCUCCUAGCAACCGGACCUCAGGUUCAGCCUAGAGAGAGAGGAGGCCACCAUGGACCAGCCAGCCGUCGCCACCGCUUCCACCUCAGUAAGGGAAGACCUGGUGGGUGGAGAAUCAUUCAUCACAGCCUCGAAACCAUCCCGAAAGACUUCCUCUUUUGAAAGAGAAGGAUGGUGGAGAAUAGCAUUAACAGAUACUCCUAUACCUGGCACUUACUACUUGAAAACUUUUAUUGAAGAAUCCCUAUUAAAUCCAGUGAUAGCAACCUACAAUUUUAAAAACGAAGGAAGGAAAAAGCCACCUCUUGUGCAAAGAAACAAUCCAGUCCUAAAUGAUCUUCCGCAGUAUAUGCCUCCUGACUUCCUGGACCUGUUAAAGAAGCAAGUGGCUACUUACUCAUUCAAAGACAAACCACGGCCAAGCCCCAGCACACUAGUUGACAAAGAUCAGUCACUUCAGCUUUCUCCGGGGCAAUACAACGUGCUUCCUGCACCAGUUCCCAAAUAUGCUUCCAGGAGCUGUGUAUUUCGCUCAACAGUUCAAAGAUUCCCAACAACCUACUUUAUUCCCUGGCUCACACCUGUAAUCCCAGCACUUUGGGAGGCAGGCGGAUCAUUUGAGGUCAGGAGUUCAAGACCAGCCGACCAGCCUGGCCAACAUGGUGAAGCCCCAUCUCUACUGAAAAUACAAAAAUCAGCCAGCUGUGGUGGCAUGCACCUGUAAUCCCAGCUACUCAGGAGGCUGAGGCAGGAGAAUCGCUAGAACCUGGGAGGCAGAGGUUGCAGUGAGCUGAGAUCGCGCCACUGCACGCCAGAAUGGGCAACAGAGUGAGACUCCAUCUCAAAAAAAAUAAAUAAAUAAAUAAAUAAAAUAAAAAUAAGAGUAUAACUG